AUGUCAACGGUCGAGCUGCGGUGGCAAGUGGUGCGGGAUCUGGCCACCCAUAAGCUACGGUUCGGUCAGGUGAACGAAGCAGUCGCAACAUUCACCGAAGCACUCACGGUCGCACCACCUCCAUCCACCGGUGACGAAGAUGGCGAAUCGGCGAAGGUACUCACCGGAAAGGCCACCGCUGAACUGGCCGCAUCCACUCCGGACCGUGCCCUGGAAACACUCCACAAAUCCGGCACGAAGUACCCCGCAACAGUGCUACGCUGUCGCGCCCUCUACGGUGUGGCCGAUCUCGAGCAGCAUCUACUGGCGGCAGCGAACGGUCAACGGAUGCAGGGACCACCCGGUGGCCAUCGUAAUCUAGAGCUCGAAGCAGAGAUAGACCUCGGUCGAUCAACGUUCGAUGUCGUGCUCGGUGACCGGGCCGGGGCUCGUUCGUUGCUCGAGUACCGUCAUCGUUUUCCACAAAUCGAAGCGGAGCAGCGUCUACGGAGGGCGCAGGCCAUCGAUCGACCUCGCUGGAAGGUGCUGGCCGACGCCGGCGAGUGUGAUGUGAUCAGUGUGCAGGAAGUGGUACGCCAGCAGCCACCGAUUCGUGAACGAGCUCGACGUGAAAGGAAUAGCCGCAUCCUCGGUCAACUGCACCUCGGACGUGGCUGGCAGGAUUGGCUGUUCUGCAAGGAACUGCGCCCCGAUGGACGGCAUGGUCCGACCGUGAAUCUCCCACAAACCCCGGACAGCUCCUCGGCCAUGGUGGCACUGAUCGAAGAGUGCUACCAGCGGACAUCGGCUUUCGUGAAGCAAUCGCAGGCACGCACACCCCUGUACAGCCAUCGGUUCGGACGUUUCGGUCCACCUGAGAACCGGCGGCGUGAAUGGAACGAUCUGGAUCACCUGCUGCGGUACCGCUACCGGGCAUACCGUGCCGUGUAUCGGCAUCUCGAUCACCUCCACGAGCUCCGUGGCACCCGCAAAACCGUUCAAUUGUUCCGGUACGCCGGUGAGAUACUGCGGGGCUUUUACAAAAUCACGACCGUCCGCGUACUGCCCGAAAAGGGGCGGCUGGUGCGCGAAAUUUGUAACUUGGUUGGAUUGACCAUCGUCGAUGGUUUGCGCAUUCCGGAGACGCUCAUGGAUGAACCGGCUGAGAAGCGUUUGCUGGCACUGUUCGCAGUACCGCCGGCGAAGGAAACGGUCUCGGUGGUGCCCGUUUUUGGUGACAUUUCAACGUACCGCGAUCCGACGGAACCGGAUCACAGCUUUCUGCGUUACAAGGCCAAGAUAACGGAACUGGAGGGCCAGUAUCAGCGCGUCCAGUAUCCGAUCGAGCGCUGCUUCCUCGAUCACGAAAUGGCUCGCCAUCAUCUGCUCAACGGAUGGCUCGAUGAUGUCAAAGUGAUGGGCACACGGAUCGUAGAGGAAGCGAUCGGUUGCGGGAGCCAUCUGUGGCGUCUGAUCGGACAUUUGACCAUCGCCAAAGCACUCUGCGCCCAGAACAACCUGGAGCAGCUCGCGAAACUUCUCUGCCAGGUGGCGGAGUUUGUGUCCCUCUCGUUACCGGACGAAAGAGUUGAGUUCUUCGUGGAACUGGCCCAGAAGCUGGUGCAACGGUUGCUCGACCGUAAGCAGGAAAGCGAAUUGCAUCUUUCCAGCUGA